GGCGGAGGGGGCGGGAUUCCUAUCCCGGAAGCGGAGGGCGGCGGCGGACAGCUCCGUGUACGCUGUGAGCUGAGAGCGGUGCGCAGCCAUGUCGGAACGGAAAGUCUUAAACAAAUAUUACCCGCCGGAUUUCGAUCCGGCCAAGAUCCCGAAGCUGAAGCUCCCGAAGGAUCGACAGUACGUGGUGCGACUCAUGGCCCCGUUCAACAUGCGCUGCAAGACGUGCGGUGAAUACAUCUACAAGUGGAAGAAGUUCAAUGCCCAGAAGGAGACUAUUCAGAAUGAGGUGUAUCUGGGGCUGCCCAUAUUCCGCUUCUACGUCAAGUGCACAUGGUGUCUGGCAGAGACCACUUUCAAGACAGACCCUGAGAACACGGAUUACACCAUGGAACAUGGAGCCACUCGGAAUUUCCAAGCUGAGAAGCUCUUGGAGGAAGAGGAGAAGAGGAUGCAGAAGGAGAGGGAAGAGGAGGAGCUGAACAACCCCAUGAAGGUCCUGGAGAACCGAACCAAGGACUCCAAACUGGAGAUGGAAGUUCUGGAGAACCUACAGGAGCUGAAGGAGCUCAACCAGCGCCAGGCAAACGUUGACUUCGAGGCCAUGCUGCAGCAGUACAAGGAAUACGAGGAGGAGCAGAAACGCAGGGAGCAGGAGGAGGAUGAGCAGGAGAUGAAAGCCAUGUUGGAGCAGGCCCAGAACCGCCGGCUGCUGUCGGACUCCGACUCAGAUGAAGAGCCUGCAAAGCCAGGAACCAAACGUGCGGUGAAAUCAAGGCCUACAGAUGUCCUGCAGGAGGACCCUCAGCCCCAGAGCAAGAAGCUGAAGACUGAAAGCUGGGAGCGGAGCGUGGGCAAAUGGAACAGCAAGACACAGCUGGCUGCACUGGUGACAGCCAGGAAACAGAAGCUGAGUGACCCCCAGGUUAAUGGGGCAGAGAAUCGAGGCACCACAACCAGCACCGGCUCCCUGCCCAGCACUGUGAGCACCACAUCAUCCCUCAGCUUGUUGGGAGCUUACACGGACAGUGAGAGCGACUGAGGAGCAUCGGGAUCACACACUGCUGCCCUGCCCGGAGCUGCUCAGCCCCACAGCACUCCCAGCCCCACAGCACUCCCAGCCCCACACGUCAUCCCCUGCCGUCCUGCAGUGGGGCUGUGGGCCCCAAUCCUGCACUGUGGGGUGACACAUCCCACUGCGGUGCUGGGAAGCACUGGGACCAUACAGGACUGUGCUGAUGGCAGCGUGGAGCCUUCCUGCCCCCACAGGGGGUGUGAACUCGGCGCUUUUUUGUAGCCAACCCCCCCCCCCCUUCUCUGCCCCCUCCUAUGGGGGGUUUAUGGGGAGCGCUGGGGUUGGCUGUGCCCACAGAGGGCCCCGAUCUGUGAAUAAACGUGGUUCUUUCAUAGGGUCUGACCCACA